GGGGAAUGAAUUUUCGCGCGCUUUGGACGCUCGGUCGCGCGCAGAGAUUGGCACGAGUGUACGGCGAGUGCAGAGGGUGUGCACACGCGGUGCAGCGCGUACAUUCGCGGUAUCAUCGUCAAGCAUGGCGGCGACCGUGGCGGUGAAGGAUGUUAGCACUUUUCUCAGCCAGAAGCAAAAUGUUGCGGACAAGGAGCUGGCGACGGAAUGGGCGCAGCUCGAGGAGCUGUACAGCAAACGGCUUUGGCAUCAGCUGACGCUGAAACUGGAGACGUUUGUGAAGAACCCGGUGCUCCAGCAGGGCGAUAAUCUCGUGCAGCUCUACGUCAACUUCUUGUCGACCUUCGAGAACAAGAUAAACCCGCUGUCGCUGGUGGAGAUACUGGCGCACGUGAUACAGCAGUUCCCAGACAAGCAGGAGGCGAUAAAAUUCCUGGAGAAGACAGAGACGAAGGUCCAGAGCAACAAUGAGGCCACCGCUCUUUGUAAGGUUCUCAAGGGGCAGAUUCUGUUGGAUAAGCUCAACAAUCAGGAGCAGGCGAAGAAGAUCAUAGAGGAGGUGGAAGCUAUGCUGGACAACGCCGACGGCAUUACGACGGUUCACGGACGUUUUUACCUUCUCGCCAGCCGGCUGUAUAGAUUACAGGGCAAGCACGCCGAAUAUUACCGUACGGCAUUAAGAUACCUAGGCUGCAUCGAAUUGAGCAGCUUGAGCAGACAGGAGCAAGAACAGCACGCCUUCUUCCUCGGGCUCGCGGCGCUCCUGGGCGAAGGCGUCUACAAUCUCGGAGAAUUGCUGGCGCACCCGGUCCUGGAAUCGUUGAAGGGCACGCCGAACAACUGGCUCGUCGACUUGCUGCAAGCCUUCAACGCCGGCGACAUCGUCGCGCUGGAGAGACUCAAGCCACAGUGGAGCAAAGUGGCCGAUCUGGCGGCGCAGGAAUUGAAAUUGAGACAGAAGAUCUCGCUGCUCUGUCUCAUGGAAAUGACUUUCAAGCGGCAGGCCAACAAUCGGCAACUGACGUUCACGGAGAUCUCCCAGGAAACGCGUCUACCUCUCGGCGAAGUGGAACUGCUGGUGAUGAAGGCUCUCGCCCAGGGUCUCGUGCGAGGCGCCAUAGAUCAAGUCGCGGGCAUUGUCAACAUGACUUGGGUGCAACCGCGCGUCCUGGAUCGCGGCCAGAUCGCCGGGAUGGUGCAACGCCUCGACGGAUGGUGCAAGGACGUCAGCUCGAUGGAGAAGCUCCUGGAAUCGAGGGCCUCCGAGAUUCUCACUCUCUGAGGAUGCAGGCCGCUUUCGAUCUGUGUGUUCGUCGCGCCGGCGGAACGUCGCAUCGCGUACUCGCAAUUAUGGAAAUCCAGUUUCUUAACAUGUCGCCAAUAAAUACGAACAAUUAUUUCUUACAUAUGCGCUUGUAGACAGAAUCCUCUGCCUAGUUUCUCUUCUCUUUGGAUUAAAAGAAAAACGAGGAA